UUUUGGGUCUCUUUCUAGUAUCUACCUGGGUUUUGGUCUCCGAGUCCUCAAACCAGCUUCCAAGCUUUCUUUGCGUUGUGGCAUUCAGCGUUCUCAAGUAUGAAGCUUUUCUUAAACCCUUCAAAACCCUAAACUCCCAGUCUCCCAUUUCAACUAAUAUCCCCAAUAUUUCCAAGCCCUACUCUAUUUUCUUGCUUAUGAAGAGGUAAGUAUUUGGUUAAAUAGUUUUUGAUUGAUGCCGAUUGAUGAUAGAUCAAGAUGAGCCAACCUUUAGUGAUACUUGCUACGGCCAGCUAUGAUCACACUAUUCGGUUUUGGGAGGCCAAAAGUGGUCGCUGCUACCGUACCAUCCAAUACCCUGAUUCGCAAGUUAAUAGGCUUGAGAUAACCCCGGAUAAACGCUAUUUGGCUGCAGCGGGGAAUCCGCAUAUUCGACUAUUUGAUGUUAAUUCAAAUAGCCCUCAACCGAUAAGAAAUUCGUUUCUUUCUAACGCAUGGCAGGUGAUGACCUAUGAUUCACAUACUAAUAAUGUCAUGGCGGUUGGGUUUCAAUGCGAUGGCAAUUGGAUGUAUUCAGGUUCCGAAGAUGGCACUGUAAAGAUUUGGGAUUUGAGAGCUCCAGGUUGCCAAAGGGAAUAUGAAAGCCGUGCAGCCGUUAACACUGUUGUGUUGCAUCCAAAUCAGAUGGAGCUGAUAUCUGGGGACCAAAACGGGAACAUUCGAGUGUGGGAUUUGACAGCAAAUUCAUGCAGCUGUGAAUUGGUGCCAGAGGUAGAUACAGCUGUAAGGUCUCUAACAGUCAUGUGGGAUGGAAGCUUGGUAGUUGCAGCAAAUAAUCGUGGGAUAUGCUAUGUUUGGCGCUUGUUGCGUGGCACCCAGACCAUGACAAAUUUUGAACCACUUCAUAAGCUGCAAGCGCACAAGGGAUACAUCCUUAAAUGUCUUCUUUCACCUGAGUUCUGUGAACCCCACAGGUAUCUGGCUACUGCAUCUUCUGACCACACUGUCAAAAUUUGGAACGUAGAUGGUUUCACUUUGGAGAAGACUCUAAGAGGACAUGAACGGUGGGUAUGGGACUGUGUUUUCUCUGUGGAUGGUGCCUAUCUCAUAACAGCGUCCUCUGAUACAACAGCAAGGCUUUGGUCCAUGGCAAAUGGUGAAGUUAUCAGGGUGUAUCAAGGACAUCACAAGGCAGCCAUUUGCUGUGCCCUCCACGAUGGAGCUGACCCAUCUUCCACAUAGACCUGACCCUCACAUCCAUUGCUUAUUUAGAUGUUGUGUAUACCUGGUGUGAACAAUCAGAGCGUCGCUUUGUAGCUAAUGAUUUAUGGUUCUGUAACUGAAUUUAUUGUCGAACCCAUUAUUUUAUUUAUUAUUGCGACUUGAUGCAAGUGUAUAGACUAUUAGCUGA